AUGAAUGACACCACUCCCUCUCCGACUCCCGGCCCAGCGACGAAGCCCUCUCCUAGCUCGAAAUCCCCGCCCACGUCAACGGCCGGAACCAAGCGCAAGCGAUCACCGGCUGGCAAAUAUUACGCCGUCAAGGUGGGCUAUCAGCCAGGAGUGUAUAACUUGUGGAACGAAUGCUUGACUCAGGUGACGGGGUACAAAGGCGCAGUGUUCCAGGCAUUUUCUACGUAUGAAGACGCGAGCGCUUUUUUGACGGGCACCCGGCCCCCCAACGCCCGAGGCGCCACGCCCCUGGAUUCAGAACCUACCCGAUUUUACGGCGUUCAGCGUGGACGAGUUCCCGGCGUAUACACGAACUGGGCAAAGGCUCAGGACCAAAUCAAAGGAUUCACUCGACCUCGGUACAAGAAAUUCCCUACACGGGCAGAGGCGGAGGCGUUCGUGAAGCAGGGUCAAGGGAGCAGCGGCGCUCCGUUUGCUACGACCGCGCCCACUCUGCAGCGCCUGCCCGGGGCUCCAGGAAUGACGGACGAGACCCCGCGAGACGAGCAGGGCGAAUUGUUUGAGGCGGGCGAUAGCUUUCUACCCCCUGGCGCUGAGGACGGGUUCGAUCCCAACAUCCUUCUCGAUCCCAAAACCGGCAAGGUAGUCUAUAAAUCGAAAGAGCAAAAAGAUGCUACGAAAACCAUGCCGACAGGCCCUCCCGGCAUGCUGCGAAUCUACACGGAUGGUAGCUCUCUCAAGAAUGGUCGCGCCCUUGCAUCGGCGGGCGUUGGCGUGUAUUUCGGGCCUGGGGAUAAAAGUAGAAAUGUUUCCGAGCCUCUCAAAGGUAGCCGUCAAACGAAUCAGCGGGCUGAAUUGACGGCAAUCUUGCGAGCUUUGGACAUUGCACCGCGACAUCGAGACGUGACUAUAUUUACAGACAGCCGGUACGCGAUCGACUGCGUCACUUCCUGGUUCAUCAAAUGGCGGAAGAACAACUGGAUGACCGCCGGCAAUAAGCCGGUCGAGAACAAAGACUUGGUCGAAUCCAUACUCGUGAAGAUCGAAGAGCGCGAGGAACUCAAGGUCAAGACCUUGUUCGAAUGGAUCAAAGGCCAUAAUUCCGAUCCUGGCAAUGAGGCCGCCGACCGCCUCGCCGUCAGCGGCGCCAAACGAGGCGUGUCAGAAAAGGCGGCCGCGAUGGAGGCUAUGAAGGAUAUUCCGGACGAGGAAUUCGAUGAUGAUCUUUGA